AUGAGGGCUUCAGAGUGGGGAAUGGAUGUUGUUUGGAGGUUGAAGAGAGGUAAAGAAGGUGAGGAUGUGAUGGUUAUGAGAGGGAUAUGGUCAGAGGUUAUGGGUUCUGAUGGAAAAGUUUGGGUAGAUGGGUUUAGUUCAGAAGAAGUUGGUAUAGAUGGUGUUGGUUUAGAUGAGGUAGGGAGUGAGGUUGUUGGUUGUGAAGAUUUGAAUUUUUCUUUGGGAGAGAUAAUAUGCGUGGUAGGUGGAGUGAAGGAGGUUGUAACAGUGGUUGAGAGUGUGAGGGGUGAUAGAGGGAGUGAUGAGGCAAGUUGCCUAGAGCCAGAGGUAUUCAUAGAUUCUGAGAUAGAUAACUUACCAGAUAGUGUUGAAGAAGAGGGUGUAAAUUUAGGAAACCCUAAUGCAAGAAAUAGUGAAAAAGGAACAAAGAACGUGAUUGCUCGGAAAUCUUCACAACCCACAACGGCUUCAUCAUUCUUCUUUACCGUUUUCUAUACUCUCUUUUACGCUGCUUUGGAUAUUAAAGUUGAUUCAUUCGUUGUUGUUCUUACUUUUCUUUGCUGGGUUUCUUCUAGUUUCAUCGUUAAUUCCAUCAGUUUCGAACUCGCUUGGAAGAAUUUUGUGAUUGGUUAUUUUACAGAUUCUAGCAGUGUUGUCAAUAAAGAUGAAUCUACUCCCAUUGUUAUUUUGAUUCCUGGUUUAACAAGUGAUUCUUCAGCUCCUUAUCUCAAACACCUUGCAUAUCAUACAGCAAAACGUGGAUGGAAAGUUGUUGUCAGUAAUCAUCGAGGACUUGGAGGUGUUCCAAUCACGUCUGAUAUUUUCUACAAUUCUGGAUGGACUGAGGAUACUCGCACAGUUGUUAAUUACGUCCACAAAGAGAAUCCCAAGGCACCUUUGUUUAUUGUUGGAAAUAGCGUUGGAGCUAAUAUUCUGGUAAAAUAUCUUGGCGAGGAAGGUGAGAACACUCCUGUAGCUGGAGCUGUAGCUGUUUGCUCUCCUUGGGACCUUUUGAUAACUGAUAGAUUUAUAACUCGUGCUCCUGUGCAAAAGUUUUAUGACAAAGCACUAACAGGCGGCCUUCAAGAUUAUGCAAAAUUACACCAGCCUCUCUUUUCUCGGCUUGGUAAUUGGGAAGGGAUAAUGAAGGCACUUUCUAUUCGAGAUUUCGAUGACCACGCCACUCGAUUGUUUGCAAAGUAUGAGACUGUUGAUACGUACUAUAGACGUUGCAGCAGUACUCCUUAUGUGAAAUCUGUAUCAAUUCCGCUUCUCUGUAUUAGUGCUCUGGAUGAUCCCGUCUGUACCAAGGAAGCCAUUCCAUGGGACGAAUGCAGGUUAAAUAAAAAUAUUGUGUUGGCCACUGUAAAGCAUGGAGGACAUUUGGCUUUCUUUGAAGGAAUAACUGCAUCUAGCCUGUGGUGGGUAAGAGCUGCUAAUGAAUUUCUUGAUGUACUACACUCUAGCCAUUAUAUGCAUCAACAGAAGAAGAUUUCUAAACCAAACGCACCAUUAGACUCUUCAAUCGAUCAGAGCCCUUAUAUCAAUGUUACCGAAGAUGGAUUGGUGGCUGGACUGAACAAUGAACCAACAACAGAAAUCCAGAAGAAAAACAAGUAAUACAGGAGAAUAUAUUCUUGUAUGACUUGGUGCA